ACUACCCACCAGUGUGAGUGAGUCCUCUCUCUUCAUUCUGUUUUUUGGUGCUCCCAACAAACUACCAUCCGUACACUUUUUUUCUUCUUUUUCGGGGGUGUCAGGUAUUGACACAACAUUCACUCACUCACCAUCACUGUUUCGAUUUUCGAAGAAGAAUAAGAAGAGGAGGAAGAUCACACUCUGCGCCACACCAUCACUUCAGCUUCAACACGCAAACUCUCUUAUACCUCUUAAUAGCACUGCUGAUGAACUGACUUGAUACCUGAAAUAAGAUGGGGAAAAAAUCCAAAAUUAAAAAGGAGGAAGUUGCUGAAGAUUGGUGUUUUGUGUGCAAGGAUGGUGGGUUGAUGAGGGUGUGCGAUUAUGGGGAUUGCCUUAAAUCUUAUCAUCCUUCUUGUGUGAAGGAAGAUGAUUCCUUUUUGGAGGCUGACACAAAUUUUACUUGUGAUUCACAUAUCUGCUCACUUUGCCAGAAAGCCUCCAAGUUUAGAUGCUUUUGCUGCCCAAAUGCUGUUUGUGGGCGUUGCCUAUGUGAUGCUGAGUUUGUAGUUAUCAAUGGAACCAAAGGACUCUGUCAUCACUGCAUAAAACUUGCAAUACUAAUUGAAGAAAAUGUUGACAUUGAUUCUGAUGGAGUAAGAUAUAGCCCCAAGGGAAAGGUGGACUUCAAAGAUCCCAGUACAUAUGAAUGCUUAUUUUCAGAAUAUUAUGAAAAUAUAAAACGAAAGGAAGGGCUGAAGUCACAGCACGUUUCUAAAGCACAUAAGGUCCUGAAGAGUGGUAGAAACUUGAAGUCCGUUGUUGGUCUAGACGAAAUUGGUGAAGGGGAAGAUGAUAUUGGAGAAUCUGAUGGGAGUGACUUUAUAGUUUCUGACGAUGAUCUGUAUAACACUGCUGGAGUUAAACACGCGAAGAAAAAGAAGAGGUGCGUCAAAAAGAAAAAAUCAAUAAAUGGAAAGCUGAAAGAUAAGCAAAUGGAGUUUAUUGGAUGGUGUUCAAGAAUUCUCAUGGAUUUUCUUCAGAGUGUUGGUAAAGACACGAGCAGGGAAUUUUCUGAACAAGAGGUUGCUUCUAUCAUCAUGGACUACUGCAAAGAGAACAAGCUUUUCGACCCCGAGAAGAAGAGAAAGGUGCUUUGUGAUGUACAAUUAAGGUCUUUACUUGGGAGGAAAUCAGUGAAUAGGAACAGUAUAUAUAAGCUUCUCGCAAAGCAUUUUUCUGAUAACUCUGAGGACAUGGAGGUUGAUACCAGUAUUACUUCAGAAGAUAGGGAUACCAAUGAACGAUUGAAUCUUUCAAGGAAGAGAAAAUUGAUUUCGAGUACACAGUCUCAUAAGAAUGUAGAUUUAGAAGAGCAGAAAAGCUGUUUUGCAGCCAUUGUCAGUGCAAACCUCAAGCUUGUGUAUCUGAAGAGAAGUUUAGUCGAAGAACUUUUGAAGCAACCAGAAAAAUUUGAUUGCAAAGUGAUUGGAAGUUUUGUAAGAGUCAGAACUAAUCCAUAUGAAAUAUUUCAGAAAAACCCACAUAAGCUUGAGCAAGUACUAGGAAUAAACAGACCAAAGAAUGAUGAAAUCAACAGAGAGAUUCUGCUUACACUUUCAAAUGAGCUAAAUGAUGUACCUAUUUUGAAAGUUUCAGAUGAUGACUUUACAGAGGAAGAAUGUAAAGAUCUGUGCGAGAGAAUGAGAAAUGGCUUGCUCAAACAGCCUACUGUACUGGAGCUGGAUCAGAAAGCCAGGAGUCUGCAUGAGGAUAUAAUAAGACAUUGGAUCCCAAGGGAGAUAAAAUUGUUACAAAAUCGCAUUGCUCUGGCCAAUGAAAAGGGAUGGAGGAAAGAACUUUUUGAAUACAUGGACCGAAAAACAAAGCUUGAGACUCCAUCAGAACAAUCACGCUUAUUAAGUGAUAUUCCAAAAGUAAUACCUGAAACAGUUGAUGUUAAAUCGUCACCGGAAGCUUCCCCAAGAAAAGAUGGCAUUGAGCAAAAUGACUUGUUGGAGUUCGCCAUAGGAGAGACUCAUAAUUCUAUUGGACUCGAUUCCAACCACAAUGGUUUUGCUUCUCACUUGAAUAGAUCGUCACGGGAAGGUUCCCCAAGGAAAGAUGACAUUGAGCAAAAUGACUUGUUGGAGUUCGCUGUAGGAGAGACUCAUAAUUCUAUUGGACUCGAUUCCAAACACAAUGGUUUUGCUUCACACUUGAAUGGUAGAACAGAUAUUACAGGUUUACCAGAUGGCAGAAUGCUGAAUGUAACUUUGAGUGCUACACAGACAAUGAAGGAAAAGCAAAGCGUUUCAGUUGCUAACUCUGUUGAGGCAGGUAUGAAGGGCAAACAGGAUACAAGUACGCCGACCGCAAAACACAAAGUUCAAAAUUCCAUUCCACAUGUUAUUGUGUUGAGUGAUGAUGACGAAGAAGAUGCAAAUAUUACUGAUAUUACGGCAAGAAGACAGGUGGUGGAGAAUCCUGAGAUUCCCGUUUGGCAUUGCCUGACCCCUAAGGGUGAAAGAGUAGGAGCAGGCCCCUAUUCAAUGUCUAUACUCAAACGUUGGAGCGAAAUGCCCUCUUGCACUGUGGGACAAUUUAAGGUCUGGAAGGCAGGUCAGAGUGAAGAAGAGGCAAUAUUUCUCACUGAUGCUCUUCGCAGACAUUUCCCCACCAUCUAAGCUAAAUUCCUUAGGUUUUUUGCAUCACCAUUGUUAAUAUAUAGUUACAUUUUGAGUUUUCAACACAGGUGCUUGUGUUUUGGUGUUUUUUUGUGUUUUUUUUUUUGGUUGGGUCCGGGGAGGAGGAGGGGGAGUAGCGACAGAUUGACAGAUGAGGGUGGGAACUAUCUGGAGAAAUAUGUCGGAUGAAAAAAUGUCAAAUUUGGUUUCUUCAUGGUUCUUUAAAGGCCUCAUCCUUUUUGGCUUUAAAAUACUAGUCUUAAGAAA